AGUACCAACAUCUAAAAUAAUAUUUAGGUUGCCAAUAAAAAACAGCUUGACAUCUGACAGUUGUCAAUACAAAUAUUAUUAUAAUUUCCAUAUUAAUUACACAAGUUCGUGUUGAAUCUUUAUAUUUCCGAGUGUUAAUAAGCCCUAAAUUAGCAACCAUGGCGGAUGUACGUGAUAUCUUAGAAUUAGAUCAACCUUUAGCUCCAGAAAUUUCGAGAGAAACCAUAAUAGGCCAACGCAAACAACGUCCAACAACCACUACAAAAAUGUCAAAACGACCCGAAGGAAUGCAUAGGGAAGUUUUCGCCCUUCUUUAUAAUGACAACAAAGAUGCCCCGCCUUUAUUCCCAUCCGACACAAGUAAUGGUUAUAAACAAACCAAAAUAAAAUUAGGAAUGAGACGACCAAGAAAAUGGGAAUGGAUGCCAUUUUCGAAUCCUGCAAGAGAUGAUAAUGCCGUUUUUUAUCAUUGGAGACGUCCAUCGGAUGAACCAAAAGAAUACCCCUUUGCAAAAUUUAAUAAAAAAGCUGACAUUCCAACUUACACCGAUAACGAAUAUAAUCAAUAUUUAAAAAGUGAAUGUUGGAGUAGAGAGGAAACUGAUCAUUUGAUGGAUUUAGCAAAACGAUUUGAUGUAAGAUUCUUAAUAAUGGCUGAUCGAUAUGAUAGCGAGAAAUACAGUAAAAGAUCUAUUGAAGAUAUCAAGGAUAGGUAUUAUAAAAUUAGUGGGAUUUUGGGAAAGUUAAAUGGGGAAAAGAAGGUUUAUACUUAUGAUGCAGAUCAUGAAAGAAGGAGGAAGGAGCAGCUGAAAAAAUUAUAUGAAAGAACGCCAGAACAGAUUGAUGAAGAACAAUUCCUUCUUGGUGAAUUCAAAAAGAUUGAAGCUCGUAAAAAGGAACGUGAACGUAAAACUCAAGAUUUACAAAAAUUAAUUAGUCAAGCCGAUAAUCAAAAUGAAACUCCAAGAAAAACAGAUAAAAAAUUACCUAAAAAGAAAAUAGCUAAUCCUUCAAGACCAUCGAAAAUUGAUACAACGCAUAUUUUACAGGCUGUAGAAACGGCAGGUAUAAAAUUCCCCGAUUAUAAAAACAGUGGUGUAUCGCUUCGUUCUCAACGAAUGAAAUUACCCGCUAAUGUAGGACAAAAAAAAUCUAAAGGAAUCGAACAAAUGCUCCAAGAUAUGAAUUUAGAGUUAAAUCCGACACCAACAGAAGAUGUUUGUCAACAUUUCAACGAGUUACGUAGUGAUAUGGUUUUAUUAAUGGAAUUAAAAGCUGCUUUGGGAACAUGCGAAUAUGAAUUGCAAAGUUUGCGUCACCAAUAUGAAGCUGUAAAUCCUGGAAAGACUUUGACGAUCCCUCCUCAGCUGCUCUCAAAUAAUGAACAGGAAGGUAACAAACAGCUGGGACCGGAAAUUAUAGACGUGGUCGGAUCGCCAGGCACACCGUCGAUAACUUAAAUGCUCUUCAACUUAACAAUUAAAAAUAUUACAAUUCUUGUUAAAACCUAGACUUAACUUAUAUUUAAACAUGGAGAUACAUCAUUUUUUUUCUUCAUACAUGGAUGUGUUUAUGGUUUUAUGUACAAUUGAGUAAUGUAGCAAUACUAAUAAUUAAAGAAUAUGAUUUCAUGAAAAAAA